AUGGCGUACAUUGCACCCAUUCACAAGCCGAGCAGCGUCCGCCAUGCGCUGAAGCUCAACUUCUUGUGUGCAGAGGAAGACUGUCUGGUAGUCGCGAAGGCGAACAGGCUCGAGUUCUACUCACAGACUGCCGAUGGCCUGGCUUUGCAGCACCAGAAAGCCGUCUAUGGCAAGGUCACCAUGCUCCAAAAGCUGCGCCCAGCCCUAUCCCAGACCGACCACCUAUUCGUGGGGACUGACCGGUUCACGUACUUUACCCUUUCGUGGGACGCCGAGGCCAAACAGCUGCAAACAGAAAAGUCCUUCGAAAGCGUGGCCGACAAUGCUGCUCGAGAAUCACAGACGGGCGAAAGAUGCCAUGUCGAUCCCACCGGUCGUCUCAUGACAGUCGAAGUCUACGAGGGCAUAAUCACAGUCAUACCCCUGGUGCAAAGAGGCAAGAAGAGGAAGCAAAUGGGACAGUCCGACAUUGCUCACCUUGGGGAACCUGUGCCUGUUCGAUUGUCGGAGAUGUUCGUCCGCUCAUCAGCCUUCCUAAAACCUGCAUCGGUCGACGAGAACCCCAAGAUCGCCCUCCUGUACGAAGAUACUCACUCUCGUGUCAAGCUCAAGAUCCGCGAAGUCAAGUAUAGCGGAGACGAGGUCGAGCUUGAAGAAAGUGAGAUUUGCAAGGCAGACAUAGAGCUCGGUGCUAGCCACCUGAUACCGGUGGAGGACCCUUCACACGGUCUGAUCGUGAUUGGCGAGACAUCUAUUGGACACUACGACGACGAAAGUGGCGAGCUACAAGUGGAGCCAUUAGAGGAAGCAACCAUCUUCGUAGCUUGGGAGAAGGUUGAUUCGCAACGUUUCGUACUCGCGGACGACUACGGUCGUCUUUACCUCUUCAUGCUUAUUCUGGAUGACAAGAAUCAGGUCCAGUCGUGGAAGCUCGACGUCAUUGGGCAAACUUCUCGUGCGUCAGUACUGGUCUAUCUGGACGCCGGAUAUGUCUUUGUUGGCUCACAUCAGGGUGACUCUCAAGUCAUCAGGAUCGCGGAGAAGUCGAUGGAGGUUGUGCAGGUCUUCUCCAAUAUCGCGCCCGUGCUCGACUUCACAAUCAUGGAUAUGGGCAACAGGUCAGGGGAGGGCCAAACGAACGAGUAUUCCUCUGGCCAAGCCAGGAUUGUGACUGGUAGUGGCGCGUAUCAGGACGGUAGCCUUCGAAGUGUCCGCAGUGGUGUCGGCUUGGAAGACGUGGGUUUGCUAGGGGAAAUGGAGCACGUCUCCAACCUGUUCAGCCUGAAGUCGAAACCCUCCUCCGACUACGUCGACACACUGCUCGUCACUUUCGCCAAUGAGUCACGCAUCUUCAAAUUCGAUCCUCAGGGGGAGGUGGAGGAAAUUGAAGAGUUUGCGUCGCUCGCCCUGGACGAGACCACGCUUGCCGCUGCGAACAUCUCACAAGGGCGCAUUAUUCAAGUGACGAACGGCCGAGCACGUAUAUGCGACCUGGAUGGCGGCAUGGUUGUUUCAGAGUGGAUGCCAUUUGGUGGCCAACAGAUCACUGCAGCCGCCAUCAACGACAGCCAUCUGCUGGUAUCGUUGGGCGGCGUUACGGUUGUGUCUCUUACCCUGUUGGCACCGCCCUACCGCAUUGGCGCAUCAACGGCAGACGGUGGCUUGCAAGUCAUCAAAGAGAAAGCUUUUGGAACGGAGAGCCAAGUUGCUUGCGUGGCGCUGCCACCCCGCUCCAGUCCUGUAUGCUUCAUUGGAUUCUGGAAAGAGUCUGACCUCGCCAUCUGUUCACUGGAUACACUAGACGCCGUGAAGACAGUCCAGGUCUCAGAAGAUUCUGUUCCACGCUCGUUGCUCCUAACACAAAUCUUCUCAGAGCAGCCGCCUACCUUGUUUGCUGCUCUAGCAGAUGGUAAUGUGGUAACCUACUCAUUUGACGCAGUGACCAACGAGCUAUCUGGGCGGAAGAGUAUUGUUCUGGGAACGCGCGAAGCUACAUUCUGCGCCUUGCCCCGUGGCAAUGGUCUGUUCAAUGUCUUUGCGACAUGCGAGCAUCCUUCGCUGAUCUAUGGAUCUGAAGGCCGCCUCGUGUACUCUGCAGUCACGGCAGAGAAAGCCACAACCGUUUGCCCCUUCAAUUCUGAAGCCUACCCUGACUCCGUAGCUAUCGCAACGCCAGAAGACCUCCGGAUAGCCCUUGUCGACACUGAGCGAACCACUCACAUCCAGACCCUCAAGGUCGACGAGACAGUGCGCAGGAUAGCGUACUCACCCAGUCUCAAAGCUUUCGGACUCGGCACAAUCAAGCGCGUUCUGAAGGGCGGAGAAGAGUUCAUGAUCAGCCACUUCAAGCUCGUUGAUGAAAUUCAGUUCAAGGAGCUCGACACAUAUCCGCUCAACGAAGACGAACUGCUCGAAUGCGUCGUCCGCUGCACUCUUCCUGACGGCUCAGGUGGAACAGCUGAGCGCUUCAUCCUCGGCACGGCAUACCUGGACGACCAGCAAGCGACAGAAGAGCGUGGCCGCAUCCUAGUCCUGGAAGUCACGGCUGAGCGCUCACUCAAGCUCGUCACCUCUCUCGCCGUCAAAGGUGGAUGUCGUUGCCUUGCGAUCUGCGAUGGCAAGAUAGUGGCUGCACUCAUCAAGACAAUCGUGGUCUACAACCUCGAAUUCCGCACACAAUCAAAGCCCGAACUCGUCAAAGCCGCAACUUUCCGUUGCUCCACGGCGCCCAUCGACAUCACUGUCAACGGCAACGUCAUUGCGAUAGCCGAUCUGAUGAAAUCCCUUGUCAUUAUCGAGUACAGGCCGGGCGAGGAGGGGCUCAGUGACAAGUUGACUGAGGUCGCAAGACACUACCAGACGACGUGGGCGACAGCCGUCGCGGAGGUAGACACAAACACAUAUCUUGAGAGCGAUGCUGAGGGAAACCUGGCGGUGUUGGUGCGCAAUCCGGAAGGCGUGACAGACGACGACAAGAAGCGGCUACAGACCACGUCUGAAUUGCUGCUCGGAGAAAUGGUGAACAGGAUACGUCGCAUCGAUGUCAUCGCGCACUCAGAUGCUGUAGUCGUACCCCGGGCGUUCAUGGGGACCGUCGAGGGCUCCAUCUACCUCUUUGGUCUGAUCCAACCCGCGUAUCUCGACCUCCUCAUCACACUGCAGAGUAAUCUUGGUUUGAUCGUACCGGCACCAGGCAACAUGGAGUUCGCGCGGUACCGAGCUUUCAAGAACCAAGUUCGGGAAAGCGAAGAGCCGUAUCGUUUCGUAGACGGCGAGCUGGUAGAGAAGUUCUUAGACCUGAAUGAAGAACAGCAAAUAAAGGCGUGCGAAGGGCUAGGGCGAGAUGUUGAAGAGGUGAGGGGGCUGGUUGAGGGCUUGAGACGAUUGCACUAG